GCGGCCCGGCCUGGCGGACGCGGCGGGGAGCUUAGCGCGCUCGGGCCCUGGGGCUUCCGCGGGUUCGCGUUAACGGACAGCGAUGCUGAAGGCUAAGAUCCUCUUCGUGGGCCCCUGCGAGAGCGGCAAAACAGUGCUGGCCAACUUUCUCACUGAAUCUUCGGAUAUCACUGAAUAUAACCCAACACAAGGUGUGAGGAUCCUAGAGUUUGAGAACCCACAUGUCACCAGUAACAACAAAGGCACGGGCUGCGAAUUUGAGCUCUGGGACUGUGGUGGCGACUCUAAGUUUGAGUCCUGCUGGCCCGCCCUGAUGAAGGAUGCUCAUGGAGUGGUGAUCGUCUUCAAUGCUGAUAUCCCAAGCCACCUAAAGGAAAUUGAAAUGUGGUAUUCCUGCUUUGUCCAGCAACAGUUCCUCCAAGACAGUCACUGCAUGCUUGUGGCCCACCACAAACCGGGCUCUGGAGGAGAAAAGGGCAGCCUGGCUUUGUCUCCCCCCUUGAACAAGCUGAAGCUGGUGCACUCAAACCUGGAGGAAGACCCCGAGGAGGUCCGGGUGGAGUUCAUCAAGUAUUUAAAAAGCAUCAUCAACUCCAUGUCGGAGAGCAGAGACCGCGAGGAGAUGCUCAUCAUCACCUAGUGUCCCUGUGCCACCGCCUCCCGAAGGACACUGACGAACCCCAGGCGGAGCUGACAUCCCACCCAGCCGCUGACAAAAACCCUUCUCCUCUAGGAGGUUCCAGCAAGAUCAGGCAUGAUGGCACACACCUCUGAUCCCAGCUCUCAGGAGGCUGAGGUAGGAGGAGGGCUGAGAGUUCAAGGCCAGCCCAGGCUACACAGGGAGCCCUUAUCUCAUCCCUUCUCCAGAAGCAAAACGCUGCCCUGCUUCCUGCCUGCCUGCCUCAGCUGUCAUGCGUAAACACAUCCUUCCGGCAGCCCUAGUGCUGUAUUUUCAGGCUGAGCUGUUUACUGGUGAUUAGUGGGAUGAAGUGGCCCAAAGCAAACAGAUGAUGUGAGCUCUGGUGUCCCCAAGUGCAGAGAGGGAACACGUGGUAGAGCUGCUGCUUUCAGGCUUUGCUGUCAAAGAAUCAGUAAUGGGGACAGUGAGAUGGCUCACAUGCUGCCAAGCCUGACAACCCACUUAAAGGUGGAAGGAGAGAGAUCUGACCCCACAGAGUUGUCCUGUCUCCACUGGUAACAUGGCACCCCCACAACACACACACACACAAUAUAGAAUGUUAAAAGGGGUCUGGCUGGAGAGAUGGAUCUGCGGUCCAGAGCGCUUGCUGCUCAUGCUGAGGUCCUGAGUUCAGAUCCCAGCACCCAUGCUGGGCAGCUAUGGUUGUAACUCGAGUUCCAGUAGAUCCAGUUCCUUCCUCUGGCCCCAGGGUACCUCCCUCAUCAGCAUAUGGUCACACAGACCGUAUUAGACACGUUUCUGGUGCAGUGAUAGAGCACCACAACAAGGCAGCUCGUAGAAGGCUUUAUGAGGCUUACAGUUUCAGAGAGGUACUAGUCCAUCAAGAUAGGGAGACGUAGCAGCAAGUGGCAGGUGUGGCAGUAGGGACAAGAAACUGAGUCUCAUACUGAACUACAAACACAAACCAGAGAGAGCAGAUGGAAUGCCAUCAGUCUUUGCACACCCAAAGCCCACUGCUGCUGACAACUCCUCAAGUAAGGCCACUCCUCCUAAACCUCCUAAACUGUGUCAUCAACCGUGAGCCCAAGGCUCUGAGGGCCAUCUCACUCACACAAGCACAAACAUAAAUCACUUAAAAAUAACAAAGGAGCGGGGCGAGUUGUGUGGCUCCAUAGUAGACCCCGUGCUUAGACCCCACUCGGUGGGCUUUAGAAACACCACUAGCUUAGCAUGUAGGGGACUUUUGACUCCAUUUCUAGAACCGAAAAGAAAAAGUCAAUACAAAGUGUCUUUAUAAAGGACUACAAGGGGCUAGGAGAUGGCUCCUUUGGUAGAACCCUUGGCUUCCAAGCAAGAGGACGUGAGUUCAGUCCCCCCAAACCCUGUGAAAAAUCUGGGCACGGUGGCAUGUCCUUAUGAUCCCAGCACUGGGGAGGCAGAGACAGGCAGAUCUCCUGGCUUGCUGGUCAGCCAGCUUAUGCUAUUCUGCAAGCCUCUGGCUUAUGGGAGAUCUUUUCUCAGAAAUAAAGAUGUGGUAUGGUGAGACAGCUCAGUGACCAGUCUCCUGGCCGCAUAAGCAUGAGAUCUGGAUUCAGAGUCCCAGAACCCACAAAAUGUCAGGCAAGUAUGGCGGCUGUCUGUAAUCCUAGAGAGAAGCAAAGUCAGGAUCCCUGGGGCCGGCUGGCUGGCUGGGCUGGACUAAGCCAGCUCUGGGUUCAGCUAGAGGCCUUGACCUAAUAAGCAAGGUGAAGUGGGCUCUUGAAGGCACGCAUGCGCGUGCACACACACAUAUACACACACACACACACACACACUGAGGCACAUACACAGAGAAAUAGGUGUGGUGCCUGAAUGAGCAACUACCAAGGCAGUCCUCUGGGCUUCACACGCAUGUGCACACACAUGCACUCACAUACAAAGGGAUGCUGGUUAUCUUGGCACACGCUUGUACUCACAGCUGCCAGGACAUGAGAGCACGAGAGUCGGGACUUGACAUUAGCUUCAACUAUUUAACAAUUCCAAGGCUAGCCUGGGCUACACGAGACCCUGGAAGUUUCUAAACAAGCAAAAAACAACAACAACAAAAAAAAACCCAAAUACUUAUGAGAUCCACUGGUGUGACAAGGUUCCCAAGAUUGGGCUCUGAAUUCCCUGCAGUUACUGGUCUUGUAACUUGAUAGACCAUCACUAACAGUAACACACAAGGCUAGUAAGAUGGCUCAGCGGGUGAUGGUGUGUGCUGGCAACCCUGAUGACCUGAGUGUCAGGAAAGAGCUAGCUCCUGCAAACUGUCCUCUGACCCCCCACACGUACACCCUCAGCAUGCUCACCAGUGUGCACGGACACACACAGAGACCCAGAAAAUAAAAAUAAAAUAAGAACUCCA